CGUUGGACGGACGUCAUAGGUCAGGGUCUUUAUUUGCUCGUUCUUUUUCCCUGAACGUCACUUCGCAGUUGUUCCUCAGAGCCUCUUGAUCUCACACAAAACCUUAAUCUCACCUUCACACCUUACAACAAUCAUGUCCAGUAAACUGAGUUCACCAACCGCAGAGACCCAGACCGUUUCGGAGAGAUCGGAUUUCAAGGAACCAGCCGACGGUUCAACUUGUGAGCAGAAGAAGAGUGGAGGGUUGAUGGGAAAAAUCAGGACAUUUUUCAGAAAUGUCACUGGAAAACGUUCCUCAAAGGUGGCUCCACUGAUAGUCCAGGAACUACAGGAAACUUCUCUGAAUGAAAAGAUGGAGAUCCAGGUGGAAGAUGUUGACGACCUUUCAGACGCUACAGGAUGUGUAGCUGAGGCUCAGCUGGCCAAAGACGAGAUCAAACCUUCGACCACGGCAGCUGUUGUUCCUCUCGAUGACCAGGGAACCACAGAUCCACACAGGGAGGAGCCUGAGGUGGAUCCAAUCUCACCCGCUGAGCCGAUCGAUCCUCUCGAUGAUGCAGACGUGGAGAACUCUGUACCAGAGAUUCAGUCAACUGAAGAUCCACAGGAACAAGAAGGGCGGUCAGAGAUGGAUGAAGUAUCAUCCACUGACGCCUUGUCUGAUCCAGAGAUUUUGUUGACGGAAAAUCUGCUGCAAAACAACUCGGAACCGGAGUCCACUUCUGAUGAUGGCUCUGACGAUUCCUCAUCUGCCUUCACUCCUUCUGUGAUGGAGUGGGACAGUCGGACGUUGCCAUCUUUAGUGCUGGACGAUGACGGUAAUGAGGAGUUCACAGGUUCCCACGUUUGCUACGAAGAGGAAAGAAGGGAAAUGAACUCACAUCUCCCUGGAUUCACAGCUCAACAUUUUAUCUGUGAGGGAAUGAUUCCUGGUGAGCUGGACCAGCAUGAACCAGAAACGGAGACCACCAGCGAGUCAGAGGAAGACCAGGAGUCUGAAGAUGUGGAGAGGAGAAAAACAGCCCUGCGGAGCCUGGUCAGAGACGUGAUCACCAUGAUUAUUGAUAAGUCUGGACAGGUGGACUACCCUCCAGAGAAACACAAGGCCAUCUGCAAGAGACUCUUCGAUAAACUCUGGGCUGAAUCCCAACACACGGACCAAAACAUGAGCCCAGACAUGAUUAGACGCCAGGGGAAGCCGAUUUUUAAGGACCUGCUGAAGGGCUGCAGCAAGCCAGAGAUGAUCCUCCUUCUCCUGCAGGCAGGGACGCCGAUACUGGAGAGGAACGUCCUGACGACCAUGAUAAACCGACUGCAGCCUCGGUGGAAGAUGAUCAGCGCCAUUAAAAAUGCUUUCAUCGAAGCGGUAGAGAACCUCCGAGAGAACCAACACAGGCUUUACAUGUGGCUGUAAGUGAAUUACAGCCACAUGUAAAGCCAGAAACGGACCGGUGAUUUGCAGUGGCGGAUUCUUCACAGCGCCAUCGCCACCAACUCGUUUUUAUCGAUCAUCAGUCCUGGGGUUUUAAACGAGUGUCCAUUUUGUAGUUUGUCCGAGAGUGUUUUUCAUGUUUUUAUGGAUUGUGUACGGUUAACUGGCUUUUAAAAUUUUUUAACGAGCAUUUUUAGCCUUUUUAGCGUGGUUUUGACCAAUUCCGUUUUUAUCAAUGGUGUACAUUACAGUCGAUCCACUAAUGCCGGCUGUUAAAUGUUUUAAUAGCCGAAGCCAAGAUGGCUAUUUACUUGACUGGACGGGACAAAAUUCAGGCUGGACCUCAACUCGAGGUGGUGGCUCUGUGGAAGGUUAACAUCAAGGCCAGGUUGAGAUUGGAGUUUUGUUUCCACAGAGCCGCCGGGAAUCUGAAGGGUUUUUUAGAACUGUGGGGUUUUAACAAUGUGUUGUGCACCAUUUCUAAUCAAGGAGAACUAAAAUAUAACAAGUUGUUAUUGUAACUGUUUAUUGUGUUUUUAGUAUCCUUGACCUGAUUAUGUAAUGUAUUGUUAAAUUAUUGUAUAAUAAAUGUUUUCUUAAAAAUCAAGAAUCUCCUCCUGCUGCAGCUUCAUCACAUCAUCCAGGCGUUAAACCAGACAGAUAAGCCCCGCCCACUCCCUCCAGGCGCUGUCCAAUCAGAAUCCAGGACGCCCCGCCACCCAUAGAACCGACUGCUUCUCAUUUCUGGAUCCUCAGCGACUUUAUUACAGCCAGAGUCUUUGUAUGUGGACACUCGGUAUUUGCCCUCUCUGCAGUUCCUCUUGUCUGUUCUCCACAAGCAGGGACUCACUGGUAGACCACUCUGCUUCCAGUUCUGGGGCUGACACACUCUCCCACGUCCCCACACCCAGUGUAUCCUGUACAGAUCAAGGAAGAGUUCAGACGUAUCACGACAGUUUCCUUGGAGGAGACAUUCAUGCUAAAGCUUGAUGAGUACACACCAAGUCUUAUGCAGCUUAUGCGUGCUAAAGGAGGGGCUGCUGGCUCCAAGAUGCACCCUCUGUUGGACACUUUAAAUGACACACAGAGCAUUGAGAAAAAUAGGGAUGCAGUUGUCUGCUGCCUCAUUAACUACCUUGGUGAAAGACAAGAAGAUCUUUUCCAUGACUGCCAGGAAUGUGAGGACUACACAGACAAAACAAUGAAGGUGAUCGUGAUGCACAACAUCAUGGCUGAGGAGGAUCCAUCAGAUGUGUCGAUUGUGAUUGAGGGAAACCAAGUGAUGGAAGGAUGUGGAAGCCGAACAUCUGUACUGCUGAUGGGACUGAUAUAUGCCCUCAACCAUGACUAUCCAAAGCAGCUCAAGAACACAUUUGAAGCUUUUCAAAAA